CUCCACAUUCACCUGCUGCUCUUCAUCGGAUCAUCAUGAAUCGAUCUCACCGAAUUACAUUCAUUGUUAUUCUUAUAAUCGUUCCGGUCUUCCUGCUCGCGUUAUUUUAUAUUGACGGUGAUUUUUGGAAUAAAACUUCAACGCAGAUAUGGAGCUUUUCAAGGAUCUCAAGCUGCAAAACUCACGCGCAGGUCCAAGAUUUCCCCAAACCAAAUAUAGGGCCAUUUCUGAAUGGCAAUCCCCCCUCCUGUACCUGCCAAAAUGCUCCGCCUGCAAACCAGUUUGUGUCAAAAGAUGAACUUGAAGACCUCCAGAAACGCAGAGCAGAGGAGUACAGACAACACCAGAUCAGGAUGGGGAAACAGAAUGACGUUCUUCUUCUGGCCCCUGCCAACACUCCACUCCAGUAUCCAAUUAAAGGAUUCAGAGUUACUCCCAUGAAGAAAACACUAAUUCCUGGUCUAGUUCUGCAAACUCGUAUGAGAACACUUUACAAGGUGUCACUUAGUGUUCAGAAAGGGGUGCUCUCAGUGAUGGACGUUCAGGAGGGAGAACAUGUGGAUGGCCAGAAUGCGAUAAAUCUGACCAUCUCAUCCAGCAGUCUCCAUCAACUCAAUGACCUUCUGAACAGAGUAACCUACACCAGCACCGUCUACCACAUCAAGACAGAAGACCUCGCUUACUUUUCUUUUGAGAACCAUGAGGUCAUAUUCCCAAUUGUUAUCAGACGACCAUCAGUUCCUGUUCUGUUUGACUCAGGGAAAGAUAUAAACUCACAGGUGACCAUAUUAGUAAAGGCAUUUUUGAGAUAUAAAGAACUACAUGUACUCAUCAAGAGCAUCCGUCAGUUCUACCCAAACAUAAAGAUCAUUAUUGCCGAUGACAGUCAUAACCCAGAGAAGGUUGUUGGAGAUAAUAUAGAACACUACAUCAUGCCCCCUGCACAGGGCUGGUUUGCCGGCAGAAAUCUGGCAGUGUCACAGGUCACCACUAAGUACUUCCUGUGGGUAGAUGAUGAUUUUGUAUUCCUGAAUGAGACUCGUAUCGAGAGCUUUGUGAAGAUUUUGGAAGCUGUUCCUGAUCUAGAUGUGGUUGGUGGUGAGGUGCAAGGAAAUCGUUUCUUCUUCAGACUACAAUAUGAAGAAGGAAGCAGCGAGGAAGGCGGUUGUAUCAAACGUGUGAGAGGUACGCAUACACCCCUGCCAGGCUUUAAUGGGUGCUUCUAUGCAGAUGGAGUCGUUAAUUACUUCAUGGCUCGGACUGAUGCAGUGCGGAGGGUCGGUUUUGACCCAUUCCUGAAAAGAGUGGCUCAUACUGAAUUCUUCCUCGAUGGACUUGGAGAUUUGUUAGUUGUCACCUGCAAAGGUCUCAGGAUUGGUCACCAGAAAAAAAGUUCCACUGGCAAAUAUGGUUCCUACAGGCAUCCUCCGAAAAGCGAUUCUCGGAACAAAAUUAGCCACCAUUAUUUCAAGAAUCAUCUAAAAUGCAUCAGGUACUAAGGGAAAAUGUAGAUGUCAUGUCCUCCAGGUGAAAACCUUUUCUCUCAUAAAAUGAAUUUGACUGUAUAAUAUAAUUCUAUAUUUUAUGUAUAUCUAAAUUCUGUGGUGCAAUUAUUUGUAGAAUACCCAUGAACUGAUAUGAGUCAAAUCUGGUUACAGGUGUUUUGAAGUUGGGUACAUACAGUACAAUUUGGUAUAUAUUUUUUUAAAUCAGUGGUUCUUAACUGGUGGGAAAAUCUGCUAUGAUCAUGGACAGCUGGGAAAAACAGUGCUAAAUGCAAAUAAUACAACUGAAUUGUAUACAAAAUAAUCAUAAUCGUGCAUAGUGUUAAUCUCGUCAAUGAAAUUGCUAACAAAAAUGUUCAUUGACGAAAGUUAUUUCGGCAACGAUAACUAAUUUUUUCAAACCAUUUUAAUGAAAACAUACUGUUCAAAUGUUGAAACAUUGCUGCAAUUUUAUGCAGCAAUAAAAUGAAUUCAGCUGACUACCUGAAUGUACUGAAUGACCAGGUUAUCCCAUCAAUGGAUUUUUUUUCUUCCCUGACGGUACGGGCAUAUUCCAGGAUGACAAUGCCAAAAUUCAUCAUGCUCAAAUUGUGAGAGUGGUUCAGGGAGCAUGAGGAAUCAUUUUCACACAUGAAUUGACCACCACACAGUCCUGACCUUAACACCAUUAAAGGUCUUUGGAAUGUGCUGGAGAAGACUUUACGGAGUGGUUCGACUCUCCUGUCAUCAAUACAAGAUCUUGGUCAAAAAGUAAUGCAACUCUGGAUGGAAAUAAAUGUUGUGACAUUGCAUAAGGUUGUUGAAAAAAAUGCCACGACGAAUGUGCGCCAUAAUCAAAUCUACAGGCGGUAUUGAUGAUGGGAGAGUCGAACCACUCCAUAAAGUGAAAAACGCACAGUUUUUGUAGCGCCUCUGGUGUUAUUUCACCAGGAAACUGCAGUGAAAUGUAUAACGCGGCAUGUAAAAGCAGUUUGCAAAAAUUUAUUUAUAGUAACGUUUAUUCUGUGAGACUAGGUUGCAAAGGGUUAAUUACCUCACUCAAAGGGAUGCUAUUUAUACACAAGAUUAAGCACUAUAUCCCAACAUGUAUGUAAUAUUACAAUUUACAUCUACACCGACAAUGAAGCCAGUGAUGCGGUGAACUUGAACUAAGUUAUGCGCUAAUCAGAAUGCAUAACUUGCGUUAUGAAUAUGCCAUUUCUGUAAAAACACGCUACAUGCAUUGCAGUAUCCUAAACUGGCUAAAACAUGAAAAAUUAACAACAGCCUCUAAAGCAUGAAGAAUUCAGAUAAUAAUAACUUUUACAUAGUUUUCUAAAUGUUUGAAUAUUUUAUUAAAGUUUAGCCUGAUACAGUUUGGCACACAUUUUGCAAAUCACCAUUUACUAAUGUUAUUUUCAUUGACAAAUUAUACCAUUUAAUAAAUAUGGCAUGACAAAAUAUUGACUUAAAGGACAUUUUCAUCAAAAGACUAAAACAAAAAAAGUGUAUAUAAAAAUAACAAUGCUCUUUUGAUAACGUCAAUAAUUUUGCAUAUUUUUUUUGCCUAUGCAGUUACAAUUAAUACAUUUACAUUUUAAAGAAUGUGUUGUAGAAAUAAUGUUGCUGAAACAAUUUUGGUUCUUUGUCGGGUCUCCAUUUGAUGCACAUUUUACAAUAGACAUCCUGAAGUAAAAUCAGUUGAGAAACAGGUAAAAAAAAAAGAAAUUUAAAUUACAAAUACAUUAUAUCAUAUAAAUAUAUUGUGGCAACAGUAUGUGGCUUUUGGAGUGUGUUUGGUUGUGUCGUGUCUCACUUGUUUUCAGUGUCACUACAGUAGUCAUAAGAGGUUUUGAUGCAAUGUGUCAAGUUAACCCAAUGACUGUUUAGCCCCGAGAUGGAGCACUUGUAUUAAAAAUUUAAUGGGAGAAAUCAGAAAUUAGCAUUUAGCAAAAAAAAAAAAAAAACAUGAUCUAAGCACAAUUUAUGAUGCCAUUGUCAGAUUUAAAUUCUGAUUUGAAAAAUGUUAAUUGAUUAUCUUCAACCAUUUUGGAGAUUUUGGUCUUUCCCCAUUUAAGUAGAUAGGAGCUGUACUGCAGAGUGGAAUGACUUGCAUUGAAAGGGACUUCAGGGUUAAACGUAGUUUGAAACUUUGAAAAACACGUCUUGAGAUGCAUUCAUUCUGUUGUGCUCGGCCCAGCUGUAACUGACUGUUAAAGCAUGUCUGUCGAAGGAUGUGCUGGCUGCUCGUUGGUUUGAAAAGGCGUGUUGCCUGUACAGCUGGAGCGCUGACUGCCCCCUACUGCAACAGAUUUACUUUAACUUCAGGGUGGAACAUCUAGACUGAACUGCUCCAAUGGUGGGAACAUUCCUUACUAUGGAAGUUAUGUAUGGGUUAGGGGCAUGAUUAAUUGCAUAGAUUUAUUUAACAUGUUAUUUUUAAUAAAUUAAUCUCACUUAAUGUGUUAAAUCAACAGCCCUAGUUUAGAUGUUUCAUGAAGGUAACGGGUAAUAAAAAGGAUCUCGGUGUUUCUUUCUGCAUGUGGAGUGUGAAUUUUUUUUUUUUUUUUUGUUUGUUUUGUCUUUAAAACCCUUACAAAAUUUAAAAUGUUAAUCUCUACAGAGCUGGGCAG